AUGAUAAUAUUAAAUAAAAGAAGAGGAUUCUUUUUAUUUUAUAUUUUUCUAAUAUUAUCUUUUGUGUUUUCAACAUCAAUAUUUGUUAAAGCAUCUACAGAUAGUAAUAAUAAUAAUAUUAAUAAUAAUAAUAAUAGCAGUAAUAGUAAUGGAACUAAUAGUAGUAGUAGUAGUAGUGGUAAUAAAAUCAAUGUAUAUAAAUUUAUUUUUCAAAACAAAUGUAAUUAUACGGAAUUAAUGACGAUUCCAGAGGGUCAGUGUACAAAUUUAAUAAAUAACCAUAUAUCCAAGCAUAAUAAUAAUAGUAGUAAUAAUAAUAAUAGCAGCGAUGAUGAAUGUCCAUUUAUAUCCAUUUUUAUACCUUUUAGUAACAUAAUAAAUAAUGAGACAGCACAAGGCACCUUUACCACAAUAAGGAGUUUUUCAAAUUAUAAUUGUACAGAUUUCUUUAAAAAUGAGACACUCGAAUGUUUAAGUAAUGAUAAAAAUAAUAAUAGUAGUAGCAAUGGCAAUAAUAAAAAUAAUAGUAAUAAAAACAACACAAUUAAUUUUCAAUAUUUUAAAGUUGAAUGCCCGAAAAUAGAUGACAAUAGUAAUAAUCCCACAGAUACACCAACUUUAACACCAAAUAUAACAACAACACCAAUUUUAACACCAAAUAUAACAACAACACCAACACCAACAGUUCCACCACAAAAUAAUACAUUUAGCGUUUAUUUAAAAUGUUUAUGCCAAACUAUAUAUGUACCUAUAAAUCAAUGUAUAAAUAUUAGUUUAUCAAUACCUACAUCCACAUCGUCAUCAUCGUCAUCAUCAUCGUCAUCAUCAUCAUCAACAACUAAAACAACAACAAUAACAACCCCAACUCCAACAGCAACAGGAAUAUUACAACAAAAUAAUAACAAUAAUACAAAAUGUCAAUUUGAAUUUCCAAUGCAAUGUCAAUAUAAAUCAAUAUUAAUUCACUCAAAAGGUCAAUCAAAUAAAAAUCAAAUCGUUUAUCUUUUUGGUAGUGAAGGUUGUGGAAACCUUACAAAUUCAAUUUCAAUGGAGUUACAAUGCUUAAACGGUAGAACUGAUUUCGAUUUAAUUAAAGUUACAAGUUGUCCAUCAUUUAUAAAUAAUACUGAUUCUUCAAAUUCAACUGAACCACCUCUUUUAAAUUUUCCAUUUAAUUAUACAAUUUUAAAUCAAACUUAUUCAAAUAGUUCAAAAUUAAAUGGUGGUUGUGAAUUUUUAAUACAUUAUAUAUUAAAAAAUGAUAGUUAUACAUUUAAUUUAGCAAAUUUUUCAACAAAUGUUCAAAUUGAAUAUAUAAAUUCAAAACCAAAUUUAUUUAUUAAAUAUUGGAUACCAAAUAGUAAUGAUACAUUUCCAAAUGGUACUAGAAUACCAAUUGGAGGAUUAUUGAUUGUUCAAUAUAAUGAUAGAUAUUUUUCAACAUCAAUACCAUCGGUUGUUUGCUCAGUUGCACCUGAAAAACUUUAUCUAUCACCAAGAUUUAGUGUACUAUAUCCAUAUAAACAAUAUUACCCAUUAUAUGAAUAUGAUGCUAUAUCAUUUUAUCAAAGAGGUGUUUCUUCUUCUUUUUAUUCUUCUUCCUUCUCCUCUUCUUCUUCUUCCUUCCAAAAUAAUAUUUUUACAUCAAGUAGUUUUGAAUAUGAUCAACCAGGUAGAGAACUUCAAGGUGCUUAUUAUUCAAUGGUUUUAGAGACAGUUUCACCAAUUUACUCAAUUGAAAAGAAAUUUAAAUUCUUAUCAAAUGAUGCAAAGUUUGUAGCUUAUAGAGAUUAUAAAUCUUCUUCAUUUAAUAAUAAUAAUAGUAAUAGUAGUGCUUAUACAACCAUUCAAACUAUUGUAAUAUUUAAAUUGAUUUCACCAUCUGUUGUAAAUACAGUUGUUAAUGGAAGUAGUAAUAGUUAUCAAAAUUAUACUUAUUUUGGAUCAAGAUUACCAACUAUAACAUUGGAAGUUUCAUAUCCAUCCAAUACCUAUAUUCCAAACCAAUAUUUUAAUUUAAUCAAUCCUUUCGUUUCAUCACAAUCAACUAAUUUCACAUUUAAAUUAACUUCAUAUCAAGGUACAGUGGUUUAUGAUGGUAAGAAUGUGUCAUUAACAAAUAGUACAAGAUAUUCACAAUUUGAAUUUGAACUUACAGAUACUUCAAUUGAUGAUAAUAAUAACAAAAAUAAUAAUAAUCGUUUCAAUUAUUUAAGAGAUGAUUUUGCAACACCAAGAAUGAAAUACAAUGGUGUGGAUUCAAAUACAUUACAUAUCCUAUAUGGUGAUGAGAAUAGAGUUUGUUAUUAUGGUUAUGUAAAUCCUUCAAAAUAUGUGCAAUAUAAUCUUAGUGAUUUGUUUGAUGUACAAUUAUAUACUUUUAAUUUCUCUUUUGAAUCUAUACCUAUUCCUCAAACAACUUUAAAUCCUUCACCUUUAUCUGCUCCACCACCAUCAUUAUUAUCAUUACCAUCUACAAAAUUAUUAUUAACUGAAAAUAGUACAAUUAUAACUAAUAGUACUGAUAAUGGUAAUACAACAACAACAACAACAACAACACCAAUAGAUGGCAUUAAUCAUAGUAAUAGUAGUAGCAGUAGUAAUAGCACUGAUAGUACUAUUAAUAAUGAUAGUUCUCAAAAUGGAACUUUACCAACAGAUAGUUCAAGUGGUAAUAAUACCACCACCAGUAGCAGUAGCAACAACAGUUCUCAAAAUGAAACUUUACCAACAGAUAGUUCAAGUGGUAAUAACGGUAGUAGUAGUAGUAGUAAUAAUAGUAGUAGCAGUAGUAAUAAUAAUAAUAGUAGUAGUAGUAGUAGUAGUAGUAGUAGUAGUAGUAGUAGUAGUAGUAGUAGUAGUAGUAGUAGUAGUAGUGAUGAUAUUAGUAAUAGUAGCGAUGAUGAUAAUAGUGGUGGUAAUACUCAAACAAAUUAUACAUCAACAAUAUCAAAAUUUUUAGAUUAUAGAUCAAAACAAAUUUUAAUUGAAAAUGUUUCUCGUUUACCUCAAAUCACUACUCAAAGAAAAGCUGUUGGUUAUCAAACUGAAAUUUAUAAUAGUUCAGCACAAUUAUUUAUGAUAAACUUUAGAUUGGAUUAUCAUAGACAAUUGUUAAAAGUACAAUUACAACCAUUUGAUUUUGUAAUCAAUCAAUAUCCUUAUGGUAUGGUUUAUAGAAAUCCAUACAAUCCAAAUGAUUUCAAUCAUUCAAUUACAAAAUUAUUACCACAUUAUACACAUAAUGAUUCAUUAUUCAUAGUAUAUAUGGUUGAUGAAACUGUACCAUUAAUUUCAAUGCAAUCCAAUCUAACGAAACCUAUUAAAAUUAUUGACUCAAGUUUAACUGGUUUGGCUUAUAUACCUGGAAAUGGUACCACCAGUAGUAGUAUUCGUCAAUAUUCAAAUGAAUAUAGAUAUGUCGAUGAAAAACCACCAUCAUUAUUAGCAGUGUCAAUUAAAACAUUGGAUUAUAUGAAUGCAAUCUUACACAUUGAUGCAUGUGAUAAUUUAUCAGGUGUUGGUAUUAUUAAAGUUGGUCAAGUCACUUUUACCUCUUCAGAUUUAGUUAAAGGUACAGUUUUUAAUGGUUCUUUUGAAAAGUAUUUAAAUUAUUUCAACUUUCCAAAUUAUCAUGAGAUUAUAUUGAUUGAUAAUGUUGGUAAUCAAAAAAUUGUACCUUAUCAAACAAAUUGGCCAAUAGUUGAACCUGGUUCAAUUUAUGCAAUUGAUUUUAUAUUAAGUUCAAAUGGAACAAAUAAUAAUAAUAAUAAUAGUAAUAUUAAUAAUAGUGAUAGUGAUGAUAAUAAUAAUAAUGAAGAUAAUGAAGAUAGUAAUAAUGAUAAACUUGAUGAAUCAAGUAAUAGUGAUGGAUAUAUUUAUACAGUAGUAUUAAAAUAUUCAAAUUCAUUAAAUGGAAAGAAUCCUUCAUUGAAUGAUUUAUCAUUUACACCUGGUUUUCAAUUCUUUUAUAAUAGUAAUUCAGCAUCUAAAUUUUUAAAAUCACCAUCAAAUUAUUUACUAAUGAAAUGGAGUUCACAAUAUAGAGGUUAUGUAGUUGAUUUCUAUUUACCAUCUUAUCUAUCGAAUCAAGCCAUUCAAUAUCAAAUCAUUUCAUCUGGUAAAGUGUAUGAUACUUCUUCAUUGACUUCAUUGUUGGGUUAUAAAGCAGCGGUUUUCAAAUCAAUUAGACAACUUAAAUAUGAUACGAUGCCACCAAUUGUUAAACAAAUCAAAAGAACUCCAGAGAAUGGCAUAAAGUAUCCAAAUCAAAAUGAUGAUGGUACCACCAUAGCAUGGGAGAUUCAAAUACUUGAUACAAGUGGUUUCCAAUCGGGUAAUAUCACAUUUACAAGUGAAUUUGAUUUGGUUGGUUAUUCUACAUUUUUCACAUUGGCUAAUGCAGAGGAACAACUAUCAAAUCCCACCACUCCAACAUUUAAAUUCUCAAUUCCAAAGAGUAGCUCAGUUUGGUGCAGAUCACAUACCUAUAGAAUUUCAUCACUAUCAUUGUUGGGAAUGGAUGGACAAUAUAGUACCACACUAAAUGAUUUAACCGAUUAUAUUAAUCCAUUCUCUUGGUUAGGUUCAAAUUUAACAGAGAUUGAAAUGAAAUAUUCCAUUAGAAUUCAAUGUCCAACCGAAAAGAUUUUAGAUGUAACUCCACCACUACUUUAUGGUUUCACAACUUCAAUUAAAACUUCAAUCGAUGUUGGUUCAUUGAAUAGAACAUUGCUAGUUUCAUUCAGAAUUGAAGAUGCACAAUCUGGUAUUUCUUCAAAUCAUAUACCAAUCGUUUAUUUAGAGAAUUCAAGAGGUGAGAAAUAUGAUUUCAAAUGUUUACAAAAUUCAAAUUCAACAAUUCAUACAGCCUAUUAUUACGUAGAGAUUGAGGUACCAUUUGGUUUUGGUAUACCCGAUGGUUUAAUGUUAUCGGUUUAUGGUGUAUCUGAUAAUAUGUUUAAUAUAGCGGGUUGGUCAGCUUAUCAAUUGAAUAAAACCUUUUCAUUCAUUCAAACCACCUAUAGUGCAAUACCAAUCAUUUCAAAGGCCUCCUAUAAUCCAGUUACAAAUACUCCCCUAACUAUAUUUGGUCAUAAUCUUCAAUCACAAAUCUCUGAGGAUUAUUCAAUACUUGUGGAAAUUGAUUUUGGUAAUGGUUACAUUCAACAAGAGGUUACAUUUAAAUCUGGUUUACUAUUAACCAUUUAUCCAACCAAUACGACUAGCUCUAAAUUCUUUGUAAAGGUAACCGUUGAUGGAAUUGAAAGUAAUAAAUUCUUGGUAACACCUUUUAUACCAAAUGAAACCAAUAAUAGUGAUCCAUUCGUUUGUCCAAAUGAUUGUGGUGGUAUUAUUAAAGGUGAAUGUGAUACUGAUGUAGGUUGUAAAUGUAAUGCAGGUUAUACUGGUGCCGAUUGCACUUCCACUCCAAUAGCAUUGGAUCCACCCCAUAUCAAUGUAUUGGAACCCUCAAUUCUAUUGGAAACUAGUAAUCGUAUCUCCUCUCUAAUAUCAGUCGUGGGUAUAAAUGAAAUCGAUGAAACCGGUUCAGUCUAUAAAUCUUAUCGUUUCAAUGAUAAAAGUUGGAAAUUCUCAAAUAAAAGUAAUGCAAACUCUCUCUAUCAUUUUAGUUAUGUAACCACCUUUGCUACUGAUAAUGGUUUCUUGACAAAUUUAACAGCAUCUUUACGUUUUUAUGAUCAAUCGGAGAUUAAUGACCUCAAUGUAGCCUUUGCUGAUCUCUCCUAUAAAGUGAAUCCAUCCUCUUUGAAAUACUCUUUCCGUCUAUCGAAAUAUUCCUUCAAGAAUGAUCAAUCUUAUCUACAAUUAAUUAUGGAAGCUUCUAUUGAAUCAUCGAGUCAUAGUGAUGUUUGUUCUUGUAAAGAGUAUGGUGAUGAUAGUACAGGCUCGGAAUAUUUAAAACUUCAAGUCAAUGGUCAAGCUUUAUAUGCUCGUUUCUUAAAAAGACAACUCAUCAAUAGUAAAAUAACAAAAACUACAAACUCUUUCCUCUCUCCAAUAACAACCGAUAUACCCUAUAGAAGUUACUCUUUGAUUGGUAUCAAUGUACCCUACUACUCUACAAAAGCAGAAUUGGAUCCAGAUUUCACUAUGGUUUUAGAAGUAAACACAGCUUCUUCAAAACUUAAUCCAACUUGUACAAACUUUGGUCUCACUAAAGCUCAAAUCUCUGCAAUCAUAGCUGGUGUUGUAAUUUUUGUUAUUGCUUUGAUCUCUCUAACCAUCAUUUUAGUUGUAAGAAAAUAUAAAAAAGGUGGUAUCACAAUUUGUUCUAAAAAACAAUUAAAAUCAAAAACAAUUAAAAAUAAGAAAUUAGGUAAAAUUAAAAUGGAAAGAUUAAAUUAA